AUGGAAGACAUAGAGGAUUUAUUGGCUGGCGGCGGCGGAUCACAACCAGGGUUCCGAUUGCCGUUGACGGCUGCUGUAGGUUUCAACCCAAAACGUAAAAAGAAGAACAAGACUGUUAGCAGUCUCCCAAAGUCCACCUCUUUUCUCCAAUAUUCUGUCAAUAGCUACGACACUACCAAAAUCCCAGGCACUGAGACGAUUUAUAUGAAGACUUUCGGGUGUUCACACAAUCAGAGUGAUAGCGAAUAUAUGGCAGGCCAGCUUUCAGCAUUUGGCUAUAAUUUCAGUGAUAAUCCAGAUGAGGCAGACUUGUGGAUAAUAAAUACCUGCACAGUCAAGUCCCCAAGUCAAUCUGCCAUGGAAACACUUAUAGCUAAAUGUAGAAAUGGAAAUAAGCCGCUGGUAGUCGCAGGAUGUGUGCCUCAAGGAAGUCGUGAUUUGAAAGAGCUGGAAGGAGUAAGUAUAGUUGGAGUCCAGCAAAUUGACCGUGUUGUAGAAGUUGUGGAAGAGACUCUGAAAGGGCACGAGGUGCGGCUUCUCACCCGGAAGACAUUACCAGCACUUGACCUUCCAAAGGUGAGAAAGAACAAAUUUGUUGAGAUCCUUCCAAUCAAUGUUGGUUGUUUAGGUGCUUGCACUUAUUGCAAGACAAAGCAUGCUCGUGGUCAUUUAGGAAGCUACACAGUUGACAGCCUUGUGGGUCGUGUCAGAAGUGUCAUAGCUGAUGGAGUAAGGGAGAUCUGGUUAAGUAGUGAAGACACUGGAGCAUAUGGUCGUGACCUAGGAGUUAAUCUUCCAAUUUUGUUGAACGCUUUAGUAGUGGAGCUUCCCUCUGAUGGAAGCACAAUGCUUCGAAUUGGGAUGACUAAUCCUCCUUAUAUUCUUGAGCACUUGAAAGAAAUAGCUGAAGUUUUGCACCACCCAUGCGUGUAUUCCUUUCUUCAUGUGCCAGUUCAAUCUGGAAGUGAUACCAUCUUGAGUGCAAUGAAUCGUGAAUACACAGUGGGCGAGUUCAGAACAGUGGUCGAUACAUUAACUGAAAUGGUCCCUGGAAUGCAGAUAGCAACUGAUAUAAUAUGUGGGUUUCCUGGCGAAACCGAUGAAGAUUUUGAACAGACGGUCGACCUUAUCAAGGAGUAUAAGUUUCCUCAAGUUCACAUAUCACAAUUCUAUCCCCGGCCUGGAACACCAGCUGCAAGGAUGAAAAAAGUUCCUAGUACUUCCGUGAAGAAACGAAGUCGUGAAUUGACUAGUGUAUUCGAAUCAUUUACCCCAUAUGUUGGAAUGGAAGGCAAAGUAGAGAGGAUAUGGAUCACAGAUACUGCCACAGAUGGAACUCACUUGGUGGGUCACACAAAGGGAUACAUUCAGGUGCUGGUAGUUGGCCCAGAAAGCAUGUUGGGGACUUCAGCCAUAGCGAAGAUAACGUCUGUUGGAAGAUGGUCAGUUUUUGGAGAGGUGAUCGAGAUUCUCAAUAGAGGUAGUGCUUCUAGUGAGAGUCAGGAUAACAAAGACACACCAUGCUCAAACACGAGUGAAACUUGUGCAUGUUCAGAAGAGCCAGAACCAUGUGCUUGUAAAUUGAUAAGUAGCUGCAGACAUGCUGAGGAUAAGAUUGUUUCGGUUCCCGGGAAUGACCCAAGGCAAAGUGAACAUAGUAACCAAACCCUCAUUGGAUGGUUAAUUCGGAAGCGCAAGAACAGUUCUCACAAAAAGAUGGAAAAUGAUACAAAGUUGGAAUAUGACAAAAAGCCGGGAACUUCUCAUCAUGGGUGCAAUUGGGGUCAUGUUGAUAAAGCUCUUUUUGGUGGAAUUCUUGUGAGCUUAUUAACAAUAAUUGCUUUACUUUUGUACCUGGGGUCUAGAAGUUUGUCUUUUCAAUGA